GAUCACGUGAGCAGCACAUGACCGUGCAAAAUGGCGGCGGCCACAGCCGCUGAUUCGGGCGAAAAGUCGGCAACAGCCUCAGGUGGCGUUCAAGAACAUUUGUAUAAAGUACUCGUAAUCGGAGAGUUUGGUGUAGGCAAGACAUCAAUCAUCAGAAGGUAUACUGAAGGAUAUUUCUCACCCAACUAUAAACUGACCAUCGGGGUGGACUUUGCCCUAAAGACAGUAGACUGGGACAAGAACACCAAGGUCAACUUACAACUGUGGGACAUUGCAGGACAUGAGAGGUUUGGUCACAUGACCCGAGUGUACUACAAAUAUGCAAUUGCAGCAAUCAUAUGCUUUGACUUGUCAAGACCAGCCACAUUUGAUUCAGUUCUAAAAUGGCUGAAUGAUGUAAAUUCCAAAGUGAUGCUAGCCAAUGAACAGCCAGUACCAAUCAUGCUGCUGGCCAAUAAGUGUGACAUCGAUGAUGUAAAUGCAGACGUAGGCAUCCUCAACAAGUUCUGCAAGGACUACAACUUUAUAGGCUGGUUUCAGACAUCAGCCAAGUCUGACAUCAAUAUAGAAAAAUCUAUGAACUUCCUUGUGGAGCACAUCUUGUCCCUCCCCACGGAGAGCCAGCAGCCUAGCGAGCAUGUCACCCUACAGUCCUCCGUCUCCUCCAGAGAUGACUCCCCCGAACAGCCCCGAACCCCACACAGACAGGAGAGUGGAUGCUGCAGCUAACAAUGGCUGUAUAUAGUAGACACCACCAACCAGGGUCACCACUCAACAGUCAGGGUGGGGGUCGUCAGCGACUGGUCAGAUAUGGGUGGGGAGAUAGGACUGGUCCACAUCCAGUGCCUUUUGAUGGGGGUCAUGGCAUAAAACAGGAUUUCAGGGAGACGUAGGAAGCCUCAUGAAAAUCAGUAUAUGUAUAAAUUAAGUAAAAUAGAUUUUUUUUUAAGUAACAACAUAUCUGAGAGAAGGAAACCUACUUUAGGGGUCACCAUGACACCCAGUAAUCAGUGGUUGAUCUUUAGGGCCUAAGGUACGUUCUGCAAUGAGGGCUUGUUAUAUUUAUCGUGUUGACCUCAAGUUGAACCAAAUGGACCGGCUUGAAUGGAGAAAACCACUAUCGAGACAUCAUACUGGAAGUAAUAUGGUUUCAAAUGUUAUUGUUUCAUUACGAGUAAGAAAUCCACAAUGUGAUAACUUACAUACUAUUUAUAGUUGAUUUUGAAAAUAAUGGGUAAGGUGAUCAUGUUUAGAAAUGUUACUACCAAUCAUGUUGCUUACAAGACACAGGCUGAGCUCAAUUAAUGUACCACAGCUGACAUAGUGAUUCUGCUUGCACAUGUAUAUCUUAUUUGUGUUAACUUGUAUGGAAUUAUAAGCAGUUAUAUGAGUUAUCAAAAUGUGAUAGAUGUACUGCAAGUUCAAUUUUAGUUGAAGCUUUGAAUGACAUAUUUGAACAUUAUUCUGUUACAUGUGCUUAAAUCACAGUUUUCAUGUUUAUUUGUUUAUUUUCAACCUUGAUGAAUACCUCAUAAUAUUUUUGUCUUAAAUCCAAAUGACUGUGCCUUUGACAUUUUAACUGUCAUUAUAGGAAUGGACAGAUAAGGUGGUGGGAUUUACCUCCCUUGGUGGUGCUGGUGUGUGUGUGCGCGCUUGUGUACAUGUUGUUUGUUGCAGAACAUGUUCCUAAGGCUGUUCAAAUUGGUGAAAUGUUUCUCAGGCAUGAAUGGAGGUUUAAAAUGUCAAAAAUGAUAUAGGAGUGUCCUUAUUUCAAGUGUCCCUUUUUUCAUAUGUUAUGGUAAUCAUCUGCUUGAACAAGAACUGCAGACUUUUUGAUGAUUUUUAAUUGUUCCUGUCUUUUGAAAACCACAUGCCGAUGAAACAAUUAAUUAAUUCAUGGAGUCUUAGACAUGACGGCCUGUGGCACUACCUACUUGAUAAAGUGUUUUAACCACAUGUAUAUUAUACUGAGAGCACAGAGGCUUGAAAUGCCAAAAAAUGUCAGCAAGGUAUAUAUUGUCACUGAUGGGUCUUAGCACUAAGGGGCGGUGGGGUAGCCUAGUGGUUAAAGCGUUGGCUCAUCACACCGAAGACCCUGGUUCGAAUCCCCACAUGGGUACAAUGUGUGAAGCCCAUUUCUGGUGUCCCCCUGUGAUGUUUCUGGAAUAUUGCUAAAAGCGGCGUAAAACCAAACUCAGUCAGUCAGUCAGUCUUAGUACUAAAUAAAGUCCUUUUAUGUCGUGCUAAGAUCCCGUAAGUGACAAUGUAUAAGUUGAUGCCAAUUCUUUUUGCAAUACAAGUUCCUGUGACUGAGAAAAGAGAAAAAUAAUAUUUUCUUUAUAAAACUCUUCACCUUUGCAGGGUAAGCAUGUUAAACAUUGUAUUUAAAUUUGUUUAGUGUUAUUUAAAUGUAUAUUUUUUUUUUUUUCAGUCUAAAUACGUUUUUAUUACAUAUUUUUAUGUUUGCCUAUUUGUGAACUGUGUUGAUUGUCUUGCUUGACUAACUUAUUGUUUUACAGUUUUACUUGGUUACAAAUUAUUUUCAAAAUUACUACAUUUUUAUAUGUGAAUAGAAUUUAUUUUGUUAUGAAAUCAUACCUGUUAUCAUGCUUAGAUUUUAAUGAAACCUUUUGGUAAUGUACAUGUUGAUACGUGUUGUAUGUUUCAGAUGUAAUAAUUGAUAUUUAUGGGGAGAUAACUCUGUGAUUUGUUUUGCAUAACCUGGUUGAAGUAUGGGCAAUAUGUAUUAAGCAUGAUUUCAGUGUCACUAGGCAUCAAGUAAGUUUGCAAUGCUGUUUUUUUUUCUAGUUACCUGUUGAUUAUUUGCAAAGAAUAUGUUA